AUGCGCGCUUCCAGCAGCGGCAGCCUCGACAUGGCGGUAGUGGACACUCACACCCUGUUGGCGGAAGUUGAGUAUUCCCUGAACACCGCAGAGAACGCCUCGACUGGAUCCAUUACCCCUUUCGAAGCACUCUAUGGAGUCAAACCCAGGGAUUUUCGGGCAAGCAUAAUACCAGGCAGAGACUCGGCGCCCACGGACUUCAUCAAGGCCCGAGAGACAAUUCGGAAUGAUACUUCCGACGCCAUCAAGCUGGCACAGGCCAAGAUGGCUGCCAGAUAUGACGCCAAACAUAGAAUCCCUGAUCUGGUUGGUAGUGUGUAUCUCAAAUUGGCCAGAAAUGGAGCAGCAGGCUAUCAUAUCCCCAAAAACUCCUUGAAUGAGAGUUUCAAGGAGUGCAAGUGCGACAGUUCUGGAACUCAUCUCUACCAACGCCUGAAGGGCUAUUCUAAGGUCUCCAAAGCGGGUAACGGAAGAGAAAGGCAGGGUGUGGCGAGAGACGAGUGGCCUUUUUCUUUCGGCCGAUAUCAUGACCCAAGGUAUGUACGCAGCAGUAUCAAGGCAAAAACGGAAAGCGCGGCUAGGAAGCAGAUUGGUUGUUGUUGA